CGUGGGCAUUUUGGCUUUCGUCGAUUUGCGCAAGUUGACACCCACCCUCAUUGCGCUUCACCAGCACAGUAGCAGUGCGGAGAGCGCGAGACGAGAGGAUAGGCCAUGGGCCUUGCGUCGCUCAAUUCCGAAUCAGACAGGGAACUAUCGCCUGUGAAUGAACGCUUAUUGAAGGAGUAUGAACAACAAUGCUCCGAGACGAGUAGCCGUGCAUCCAGCGCACGUCCUGUGGGUCGACCACCAAAGGCUCAAAAGGGCACAUCGGUCAAUGCGAGGGACAAGGCGCAUGGAAGGACACAACUUCAUCGUGCUGCGUCCAAGGGCGAUUUGGAGCGCGUCAUGGCGCUUGUUGAGCGUGGUGCAGAUGUCACAAUCUUAGACAAUGCUGGUGUUUCUGCGCUUCACGAUGCUUGUCUCAAGGGGAAUGCAAAAGUGACGGCCUUUCUAUUGAGUAAAGGUGCGCCAAUCAAUGCACGCGACUGUGAAGGAGAUUAUCCAUUGCUUGAUGCUGCGCAGAAUGAUCACUAUGAAGUCUGCCAGUUAUUGCUUGAAGCAGGCGCCAAUCCGACACUGCGCAACACUGCAGGAUGUUCUGCUCUAAGUGAAGCAGAAGAAGGACGUGUCAAGGAGUUACUCAGAAAGUACAGCGACAAGUUUGAUGCGCCUGGACAGAAUCGCAUGAAGAUUUCCGAUAUCGUUGAUGCGCAGCAAUCUGAAACGCCCCACUCACCGCAACGCAGUGCACGUAUUCGUGCGUCUCACUUGAGUGUCGAUGGACGCGGUGCACGAUCGGUGGACCGUCUUGGGCGGGAUCAGCUGCACAAUUUUGUACUGGAAGGUGAAGACGAAUUGACGGAGCAAUGGCUUGAGAUCAUUCAGGAGACCGAUUUUCAGGAUCAUGAGGGUGAUACGCCGCUUCAUACGGCUGCGCGGCUUGGCAAUGCGUAUGUGGUUGGCUUGUUACUCGACAAACAUGCAAAAGUCGAUAUUCGCAACAAACUUGGCUCGACGGCGCUGCAUGAAGCUUGUCGCAAGGUGAGGAACCGCGAGGUUGUCUCGCUGCUGUUGGAAGCUGGUGCAUCCAUCUUGACCAAAGAUGGUAAGGAACAGACACCGCUCGAUGUUGCAAUCGAUACAAGUGGACAGGAUGCAAGUGAAACGCGAUCACUUGAGCAAGCUCUUGAGCGCGAACGACAGGAACAGCGCAGUAAAGAGAAGCGACGCCUACUCAAAGCUGAGCAACUGAGUCGGAGGAGCAGUGCGUCUUCGUGCCAAUCACCCAAACUUGAAUGCGAAGAAAGUAUGACGCCGCGCAAGAAGCGAAAAUACACCAGGCGUCAGAUUCCUGACGACAGCGAGCAAGCAGAGUCAGCAGGCAUCUCUCUGACACUGCAAACAACACAGCCCUUGGAGAUUGUCAAGACUGUGACACCUGCUCAAGCACCGUUUGAGCUACCUACAUUCUUAACGGAACUCAAGACCCAUGGACCUCCAAGACAACUCGACAGCAGUGUCCGCGGUGAGCCUCUACCGUCGAAGCAAGAAAAGAAAGCUGCUACUGAACAAGCAUUAUUGCAAAUGGGGCGCGACUUGGCGGCUGCAAUGAACAAGCAAUCCGAGUUGCUCUCCCAAGUGCUGGCAGGUAUUCAGCAGCUUGUGCAAGAUAAAUGACUAUGAUUGCGUUUUUGAAAUUGUAAAAUUAGAUCAUUC